ACGUCUCUGUCUGUCUCGCUCUCUGUCUCUGUUUCUGUUUCUCAAUUCGGUCUCUCUUUCUCAAUUCCGACUCUCAGGAUGGAAUCCACAGCAGGGAAUACCACCACCUACUUCUCUACCAACUCAUCCGCUCCCAACCCAUCCAUCCCUUAUUCUGUUGGAAUCUCCUUUCUCCUGGUUGCUAUGGCCAUUGGUCUUCCCGGAAAUCUCCUAGUGGUUUGGACCAUACUAUUCCUUCUGAGUCGCCGUUCCAUCGCGUCCCUCUUGAUCCUCCAGCUAUCGGCCGCUGACGCACUCGUGCUGCUCUCUGCACCCUUCUUCAUUCACCAGCUCUUCAAGGUCAGAGUCUGGGAGUUUGGAGAGAUAAUGUGUAAGCUCCUGCAUUACGUCUGUGGCAUCAACAUGUACCUCAGCAUCCUAUUGAUUACCUUGAUGGGCGUCGACCGACUCCUUGGCGUGCUACGCCCCUUCUGGUCCCAGCGCGUCCGGACGAAGUCGAGGCUCUUUCCUAUCAUGGGUGUGGUGUGGGCGCUGGCUAUGGUGCUGCCCACUCCUCAGCUUGUGUACCGACAGGUCCGAAAGGGGGAGUGUACCACGCAUCACCCCGGGCCCGCCCACCAGGUGUUCCACUAUUCCCUAGAAACAGUUACUGCGUUCCUGGUCCCCUUCAGCAUCAUGACGUUCUGCUACUUACGCAUCGCUCAUACCUUAGCGUCCAGCCGUGUCCACUGGCACCACCGCUCCUACAGGAAGACCAACCGCCUCAUCGCACUGAUAGUCGUGACUUUCGCCCUCUUGUGGGCUCCGUACCACCUGGUCAACAUCAUGCAAGUGGGGGCCGUUCUCUCCGGGUCUUCCACGGAUUUGCUGUUGUUCUGUCUGAGAGCUAGGACAGUGGUCAUAGCUGUAGCUUACCUCAGCAGUGCUGUCAACCCUCUGCUCUAUGCCAUGGCCGGCUCCUGCUCUGGUUCCUCCCUCACAAUCUAUGGCUCAUGCUCCAGGUGUGUGGGGGGCAUGGCACAGCUGCUUGAGGGGAUGGCCUCCAACAUGGACAGGAUGGCCUCCAACAUGAGAGCAAAGCAUGAUGGUAGCGGUAGAGAGAAAGAGAAGGAGGACUGGGGAGGUGGGAAACCAGAGGGAGAGGUAGAAGAGAUGACAAUGGUUCCAGGGAAAAGAGAGGUGGAGAAGGAGGACGAGGAGGCAGAACAAGAAAAAGAGAUGACAAUAGUUCCAGGGGGAAAAAAGGAGGAGGAGGGAAACUAAAUUUCCUGAAGGCAAAGAAAUGACUGGACUGAUUGUGAAGGUCCUGCAUGCUAUUGCUUGCCAGCCGGUCAUGACUCUUCUGAUAGCUGUCUUGUUGUGAAUGCCAAUCUCACCUCUAAGAGUUUCCUAAUCAAUCAACGGCAGCCAUAUCUUCUCUGAGAAAAGUGUUUUUAAUUUUCUUGCACUGGCACACAAACACAACACGUCUUAAUGCUUUUGAUCAAAUAAAUGUGGUA